AUGGAAUAGCAACCACUCAGUAAUUAAAGAGUAUAUUCAUUUUUCUAAUUUUAGUAAGACUUUAAUGAUGACUAACUUAUAUAAAGAAGAGAAUUGACUGCUUAUGAAUCAUGUUUAGAUUGUUGUGGUAGUUUUUCAGGAUUUUUGAGAGUAACUAUAUUAAUAUAGAAUUUCAAAGGCAUGGCUUCCAUGUGUAUUUUGUUGUUGUGAAAAUCCAUUCUAUGCAAUUCAAUAAAGCUCAAUAGGUUUAGUAGAGAAAUUUGGAAAAUAUCACAGGAGUCUACCACCUGGCUUAAAUCAGAUCAAUCCAUGCACAGUAUAUUUUUAUUAAGAAUUAAGGAUACAGUCAUACCAGUAGAUUUAAGAACAAGAGUAUUAGAUUUGGAUAGAUAAAUUAUAUUAACAAAAGACAAUAUAUAAGUUAAUAUUGAUACAUGCAUGUAUUUUAGAAUUAUUGGUAUGUAAUUUAAUUUAAUACUCUUUUUUUUUUAUAUGUAGAUCCUGUAAGAGCUACAUAUAGAGUUUCUAGAUUGACAUAAUCAGUUAAAGAUAUGACAUAUGCAGCCUUAAGAUAAGUUUGUGGAGAACAUUAAUUAUAAGAUUUAUUAGAACAUAGAGAAAUGGUUUAAGAUGCAAUUGAAGCCUAUCUUGAUAAAUCAACUGAAUAGUGGGGAAUUUAUAUUGAAGAAGUCUUUAUUAAGGAUAUGGUUUUGACACCUUAAAUGUAAUCUGAUUUAGCAGCUGCUGCUAAAAAUAAAAGAAUUGCCUAAGCAAAAGUUAUAUCUGCUUAAGCUGAUGUAGAAAGUGCAAAAUUAAUGAAAGAGGCUGCUUAAGCUUUAGAUAGCAAAGCAGCUAUGUAGAUUAGAUUUUUAGAAACACUUCAACUAUUAUCGAAAGGUCCAUCUUAGAAACUUAUGUUUUUACCAUUAAGUCCAGAUUCCUAAGGAGCUCAUAAUGGAUGAA